GAGAUGCAGGCUUGGGCCCUGACGCAGGGAGCUUCUGGUGAAGGCCACCGCACACAUGGAAGAAACAUCCAGAAAGAUGAACCUUCUAGUCCUAAGAACGCACAUGCCUUAUCAUCUUCCAGUGGUUGUACUGAAGCCAAAUUGGCUUUUCUUGAGGACGACUGGGAUCAAAGAGCUGAUGGCCCAGAAGUGGGCAGGGCUGACAGAGUGGGUUUCCUGGAGCCAUCUUGUCCGGGGAGCCUGGACGCCAGCAGAGAGGGCGCCCACUCACAGUCUAGUGAAUUCGAAGACAGUGCCGACUCUGCUUUCUUGAAUGAAACCUACUCCAUACAUUAUUGCGAGUCAGAACGAAAGAAUGAAAGUCUCCCUCACUCACCCUCAGAGUUGGGGUGUGAAGUGCAGAGCACCACAGGGGCGUGCUUUGACGUUUUGGACCAUCACAGCAAGAAGGUUAUCGGCUGGGAGAGAGCCUGCGAGAUCUCAGAUGAUGGUUACGGAGAAACUGCUGGAGCCGCACAGCAGCGGGAGCUGGACGAGGACUCCCAGCAGGAGUACCACAGCGCCGAGGAGCAGGAGGACACCAGCGCCCCUGUGCCUCCUGACCAGACGAGAACGUCACACACCCCCGAUCUGGGAGUUGUUGGGUCCAGGAAUUCAGGUCAUGAAGUUGAGAGUGCUUGCUGUCUAGACGGUAGUCAGGUCAAGCUGGCGAGCGAGUCUACCAUCUUUUUAGAUUCAGCUGAUGUUUAUGGACAAGAAGAUGCACCACGUGGCUCCAAGUUUCAGGGUUCUGUUGUGGUAAGAGAAUAUCAUGAACCAGAGCAGGAAGUGUGUAAGGAGCAAGAGACUAGUCUGAUGUACCACACGGCAUUUGAUGACCUGGUACUCGGGAGCAGUCCCUUUGAAAACCAGGGAUCUCGAUCUCGGAGUAGUUUCGUGAACCCUCAGAAAGCACUAGAAGCUAAGAUGUAUACCGGCAAAGUGAAAUGUCAAAGAAUUGAGAGUAAAGCGUUUUGCAGGCACGAAGUCGUUGAGAAGGAUGUGUCUCACCACCUUGGAAAUCCUAGCACGUUACGACAAGACAGAGCUUUACAGAUGUCCCUCCAGCCCCGCAAAGAUGGCCGGCCUCCCUGGACGCCUGUUUUUGAUGAGUCGGUCAUUUCUGCCUGUGGAUGUUCGCACUACAUAAACCUGCAGAGUACCCUUCGCCCGGCCUCAGGUCUUUCUGCUCCUGCCCCGAGCACUGCAGUCAGAGCUCCUGAGGCGGUAGGAGACCCCUCCCUCAAGGCCUCCGCUGGCGGCACCGCAAGUGACACGAGUGUGCGCAGCCCCGAACUAGCGAUGCGCGCGGCCGGCACCACCGUCACCGUCGCUCAGACCGUGGACGUUUGCUCAGACUUCCGGGCUCGCUUCACAACCAGCAGGGCCACAAGUGCCAGACCUUCUGUGGUGUCCACGUCCACCAACACCGACAUAAUCGCGGCGGACAGAAGGCGGCCCGGGGACUGGCAGGGCGCAGGACGAAGAAGCGUGGCGUGUAAUACGGAGGGGCCACACGGACGCGAGCCUGGACGCGCCCCAGUGCCGAGGAGCAGAGGGCCGCCGGGAAGCCCUCUCUCAGGUGGCCAUUCACAGCCUCGCGGAGAUUUCCAUAGUGAGGAUUCCCUGGAAUUAAGAAAAACAUCUGCCAUCACAGACUUAAGGAAACAUCUCGAAAGGGAAAGUCCGCUUUUUAAUGAGAUGGAGACGAGUUUGCCCUCCAGGUGCUGUGAGGAGAUCAUGCAGAGGGCCGUGAGGGCAGAGCUGCACCUGCUGGACCUUCACUACUGGAUGUGCCGGCACCACUGCAGGGACAUCUACAAGCUCAUCACGGACAGCAGGAUCUUACCGAGUAAUUCUAAGAAGGAGCUAGGAUUGGCACUACUGUCUGUGAUGGGAGACUUGAAGGUCAGAUACGAGAGCUUGAAGGACAGAAUAAACCAGGGCAGGCCUCUGGAGGAGCUGCUCCCGCUGUCCGUGGAGUCAAAAUUGUUAUCAGCCUUUUCUACUUUGGUCUCCACGCUAAUGAAAGAGACAUCGAACGUCUUGUCAGGAGCCGAUUCUGAACUAGAUCAUCAGAUUACAUGUGACGUUGACGUCUCGUCCGGCCUGAAAAAGGCCCUCUCUCAGAUGUCCUCGUUGCAUGACAGAAGUCCUCCUGAACAGGACACAUUACCCAAGGAACUCGGUUUAAAAACAGGUGACAUUGAUGUAGACUUCAGUCAGCUGAAACUUGAUGACCAAGGCUGCAGAAAUGAUCGAGAAGUAAGUGAAAACUGGUUUGAUGCCAAAGAUAGCCUGACAGGACUUGACUUGUCAGGAGUACCGGAAAGUCAAGUGGAGAAGGAUGGAGGGGAUCCCAGGUUUGCACGAGAUCUGAAAACUACGGAGCCUUUACGAAAAGAUAAAGGGUAUUUGAUACAUGUUGGUGGUCUCUGCCCUUCAGUAUCUGAGGCUGAUUUAAGGUCUCAUUUCCAGAAAUACCACGUUUCUGAAAUUUCAAUCUAUGAUUCUCCUAAUUAUAGGUAUGCAUCCCUUGCUUUAAAAAAAAACAUUGAUGCAAAGACGGCCGUGAAAGAGAUGAAUGGGAAAGAAAUAAGUGGAAAACCGGUAAAGGUGCGGCUCGUGAAGACUCCUGGCGAGCACACGCUGUCGCUCUCCCACAGAAGUGGAACGGAGGGAAGCUCUGGCAGAGAAAUGGGCUCCCCCGCCUCAGCUUCGAGAUUGCCCAGAACGAGGCCACGGCAGCUGGGACCUGGGCAAGACCACGAGGGUGUCAAGAAGAAUUGUAAACAGAUUGAAUCUACUAAAUUAUUACCUGAUACGCCUAUUCAAUUCAUACCUCCAAAUACCUUGAAUCUGAGCAGCUUUACCAAAAUCAUGAAGAGACUGGCGGAACUGCAUCCGGGAGUUAGCAGAGACUGUAUUCUAGAUGCUCUCCAGGACGUAAGAGCAAAUCAUAAAGGUUUUCUGAACGGCUUGUCUAUUAACAGUAUUGUGGAAAUGACUUCAUCUGUUCUGAAAAACUCUGAUUCCAGUUAGGAAUAAAAGAAGCAGCAAGAGAUAAAAAUACCCUUGGAAAGCAGGAGUUCCCUCCUACAGAGAAUGUUCUACAACACUUAGGAAAGCACUGCAGUAGUGGCAAGAGGAGGUGAUCAAACAGGCUCAGCAAGUGGACUUCGCUGUGCAACAGUAAUCUACGUGAUAGCCUACUCCUAAAGCCAGCAGCUGUUGUUUCUGCACUAUUAAAGUCGUCUCUGUAUUAGAAUGGAAGUUUUAAUGUUUAUAAAUAUUAUAUUUCAACUUGUUACUUAAAGACUUCAAGCUACAUAUUUUGGAUUAGAAAAAAUGGUCAUGUCUAUUUUAAAAACCUUUGUUAAAUCUGUUUUUUAAAACAGUGGCCACGAGAAGACGUAUUGUUUCAGAGUCCAUUAAAUGAUUUCCAUACAUGGAAAAUAUACUUUGCCUGAAAUAUACUUAGUUCCAAUUUUUACUUUAAGACUCAUAUUGGAGCACAGGAUAACAGUUAAAUAAACUGAAUUUGAAUUUGUGGCUAUA